GCAGAGUAGGAAUAACACUUUAAAAGCCUAACACSCUCUUCCUCCUGACAUUCCCUGGCCUCUUUCUAUCCUCUGCUGAACCUCUGCCUGUUCCCAGACAGCCUCACUUCUUCCCCCCGGCUGCAGCCAGCAGAACCCCCAGCCUGACCCCGCCGGGAGCCCAGGGGGGGAUCAAGAACUUCAGGAUGCUGACAACAUUGCUGCCGCUACUACUGCUGCCUGGCUGGGUCUUUUGUAGCCAGGAAGCCUCAGAGGGUCCACAGAGCCUCCACAUGCUCCAGAUCUCCUACUUCCGCGACCCCUAUCACGUGUGGUACCGGGGCAACGCGUCGCUGAGUGGACAGCUGACACACACGCUGGAAGGCCCGAGCAACAACGUCACGAUCCUCCAACUGCAGCCUUUGGAGGAUUCCGAGAGCUGGGCACGCACGGAAAGCAGCCUGCAGCUCUACCUGAGCCAUUUUCAUGGCCUCGUGCGACUGGUGCAUCACGAACGGAAGCAAGGCGUGACCUUUCCUCUCAUUGUCACCUGCUUCCUGGGCUGUGAGCUGCCUCCCGAGGAUUCAGAGGCCCGAGUCUUCUUUGAAGUGGCUGUGAAUGGAAGCUCCUUUGUGAGUUUUAAGCCAGAGAAAGCCCUGUGGGUGGCAGCCCCCCGGGAACCCUCCAGAGUGGUCACCUUUACCCUGCAGCAGCUCAAUGCCUACAAUCGCACUCGAUACGAACUGCAGGAAUUCCUACAGCAUACCUGUGUUCAGUAUGUGCGGCAACACAAACAGAUCGCCACAGACAAUUCCAAAGGGAGUCAAAGAGGCCGCUCCUACACUUCACUGGUCCUGGGUGUCCUGGUGGGCAGUUUCAUCAUUGCUGGCGUGGCUGUGGGCAUCUUCCUAUGCACAGGUGGACGGCGAUGUUAAUUACUCUCCAACUGCCUCUGAGAAAGAAAUAGAUUGAUGAGGACUGGCAAGAGAAGGUUUCAGUCACAUGAAGUCAGAUAGACUCUACAACUGGGACACAAUAUCCCAGAAGGUUUGGAGUGACAGUUUCUUUCUUCUCCAAGAUCUGCCCACCAAGGGACAUGGAGAGGCUAGGGAGAUAAAGUACUUGGUUUGUUAAGAACCUUAGAAGUGCUGAAGAGAAGGGGGGGCGGGGAAAGAACCUAACAACUUUCUGCAUCAUUGAAUUGGUCUGAAAAAUGAGUGCUUAUCUAUCUUUGUGGAAAACAGACGAUGGAGUUGGGGCAGGGAGAGUCUAUGGCCUGUCCUCCAAAUAGAGAUAGAAUUGCCUGAGGUAUUCAAAACACGCAACCAAAUAAAACAAGUUGUCCACAACCAAAAUAAAUAACAUUCAGUGUCUCCAGGUGUGUCCAAUUCGGGAAGGGACAUUGGUAUGAAAGGAGUAGAAGGAAAUAACCAGAAAAAUGGUGGAAGUGUAAAAUCCAAGUAAUAUGGAAGCAAUGAGUUAUUAAUUAAUCAAUUAAAUAAUAUUAAUAAAUUUCUUGCUUGUGUACAAGACAUAAUUUCCCCCCUAUUUUAUA